CUUCUGCCCGCCUCUCCACCCGCUCCGCACCGCGCGCCAUGAACACGACGCUCAACCGCCUCAACGCCGUCAGCGCCAUGGCGACGUCGACGCUGCUCGUGCUGCUCUGCCUCGUCGCCCUGCUCACGCACCCCGCGGCGCGCGCGCCGUCGGGCACGCUCGCCGUGCACACGCUCGCCGUCGACAAGGCGCGCGCCGUGUGGCACGCCGACCGGCGCACGCAGGACUUUCUGCAGGUGCACUUCGACGCCGACGUCGACCUGCGCCCGCUGUUCGGGCGCAACACCAAGCAGGUCUUCGUCUCGCUCGCCGUCGAGUACAGCAGCCGGCGCCACCCAAACAACUCCAUCGUGCUGUGGGACCGCAUCGUGCGCAGGAAAGCAGACGCCCAUGUGGUGCUGCAGGAUGCGCGCAACAAGUAUCCCGUGCGCGAGGUGGCGCGCAGCUUUGAGAACAUCGCCGACGCCACGUUCGUGCUCAAGUGGAACGUGAUGCCGUACGUCGGCCUGCUGGCGUACGGCGACGACGCGUCGAGCGGGCGAAUUGUGCUGCCGAGGAGGAGCGAGGUGGAGAAGGGGGCUAAGGUGUACUACUAGGCUGGCUGGGUUUUCCGGCGAAUGUAGAUCGUAGCGCAGGAAUGAGCGCUAGGAGGUAGUGAGCAAAGGACGCGCCCGCCUCAGAGACGGUGCAAGAGAGGGAAAAGGCAAGACCUCGAUUCUCGAUGUAAGCGUACGAGCUGGCAAGCUCUUGAAGCGCAGCCAAGUGCCUUGCAUCUCUGCGCAAUUGGCGCCAGGCAGGUGACGCGAGGCGCAAAGAGGAGGGGGUGGAUCCGGUGCGCACGACGCACACAAAUGUGCGUGAAACGCGCAUCAUCUUCUCGCCCUCGCAAGGGAAAGGG